CCCGGCGGGGCGGAGCAAGGCGGAGCGGGGCGGCCCCGCCGCCUCCCGGCCCCUCGCCCCGGCGCCGAGCGAGGCUCUUCCGGGCAGCGCGGCCAGGGCGGCGCGGGGCCGGGGAUUGCGUGACAGCGCCGCAGAUUCCAGGCCUGCAAGAGACAAGCUCCCUGCUGCAGGAUCAUCAUUUCCAGGGCAGGAACGCGCCAAAUAAGUCCAAGAGCUUUUGAAGAUGGCAGCAGAUAUCCCAUUAAAUAUUAAUAUCAAGGAGCCCCGAUGGGAUCAAAAUACUUUUAUUGGACGAGCCAAGCACUUCUUCACUGUAACAGACCCCAGGAAUAUUUUGUUAUCUAAUACCAGUCUGGAAAAUGCAAGAAAGGUUGUGCAUGAUUACAGGCAAGGUAUUGUGGCACCUGGCUUGACAGAAGAUGAGUUGUGGAGAGCAAAAUACAUCUAUGAUUCAGCCUUUCACCCAGACACCGGGGAGAAGAUGGUCCUGAUCGGCCGCAUGUCUGCCCAGGUCCCCAUGAACAUGACCAUUGUAGGCUGCAUGAUGACCUUUUACAGGACGACACCAGCAGUGCUUUUCUGGCAGUGGAUCAACCAGUCCUUCAAUGCUGUAGUAAAUUACACAAACAGGAGCGGGGAUGCCCCAAUCUCUGUCAGCCAGCUGGGAACAGCCUAUGUUUCUGCCACCACAGGUGCUGUCGCAACAGCCUUGGGACUUAAUUCACUAGCAAAGCGUGUCUCACCUCUGAUAGGGAGGUUUGUUCCUUUUGCUGCUGUUGCUUCUGCCAACUGCAUCAAUAUUCCACUAAUGAGACAAAGGGAGCUCAAGUGUGGAAUUCCUGUCACAGAUGAGGAUGGACAAAGGCUGGGGGAUUCAGCCAAAGCAGCUCAGCAGGCAAUCACCCAGGUGGUGAUAUCCAGGAUUCUGAUGGCUUCUCCUGGCAUGGCAAUUCCUCCCUUCAUAAUGAAUGCCCUGGAAAAGAAGGGCUUUUUAAAGAGAUAUCCUUGGAUGAACGCUCCCAUUCAGGUUGGAUUAGUUGGACUGUGUCUUGUGUUUGCAACUCCCCUGUGUUGUGCACUGUUUCCUCAGAAAAGUUCCAUGGCCGUGUCGCGCUUGGAGCCAGAUUUGCAAGCCAGGAUCAGAGAGAGCAACCCUGGCCUAGAACGGGUAUACUUCAAUAAAGGAUUAUAAUUCAAGGAAGGCAAA